UCAAUAAAACUCUGGCUUUACUUUUAAGACCGUUUCGUCGUUCCUUGAGUAAUAUUGAAACCUUGUACUUGGGAGCGGAUCCUCGCCUAACAAUAAAACGAAUAUUGUGGGCGUUUGUUACAAGUGGCGACCACGAAGGGACAGGCAAUUGAGCGCCCCACGGCGUUCCAGGGCGACGUGGCCGAGCGGAAAGAGCGCUCCGGGCCCCAUUGAGGCCUGUUCCGCGUGGUUGACAGGCGCGCCGGGGCGCCGGGGUAAGCGCCAAGCCUCUCCAUAGAAAUCGAAAUGAGUAAAGCCAGACUUCGGAAGGGGCAUAGUCGAGAAUUCCAGAGACUUCCACUGGAUUUGGCAAUCCAUAAUUACCGUCCAGGCAAUUGGGUCCGGGUCAAGCAGUGGAAAAAGGAGCCCCUUCUACCAACCUGGGGACCAGAGAAGCAAGUCGCCCUCGUGACGGAGGCAGCAGUAAAAGUAUUGGGAAGCGACAAAUGGAUCCAUGUUUCCCGUAUAAAGAGAGCAUCUGAACCACUUACCAUUCAGGAACCAGAGAAGAGGGUAGCGAAGGACCCUCCAACUGGCGGGGUGAACAAUCAAGAACCCGAAGCUAAGUGGUCUUCGAGGGUUGUGUCGGACUCUGACCUGAAGCUCAAGUUCUCCAGGAGAAGGGACAGUUUAUAAUCAUGAAUCCAGUAUUACAAUUUAGGCUGGGGACGGUUUUCUCAUGUUCCCUAAUUUUAAUUGUAUUGUUGUGUGUAAAUUUCUUUAACCAACCUCGAUUUCACGAUGAGCAGUUGAGAAAUAUCAGGUCCGCAUCCAUCGAGAUGGACAGGACAAACACAUUUGUUGAACUUGCCCAUCAGGUGUCCAAAGUAUUUUAUCUCAAAAACUGCUGGAUUUGUGGGAGUCCAAAAGGUUUUCCAGAGUGGCCGUGGGUUGCAUUCCCGGUAGCACCCCGGUGGCUCUUAAGUAAUGUAAGUGAAGUGCAUGUCAAUUUAAGCACCUGGACAGAACCCCAUAUCUGGAAGUUACACGGGGCAGGGGUAGGCAAAUACUGUAUCCAUCAAAAUGUUACGGGAGGGGUGCAAGUUGGGAAUAGCAGGUGUAAUUGGACAUUGGAAUGGCGCUCAUACUGCAUCAUACGGGAUUGUCCGGUCACCAACUGUACUCAGUUGGCCCCUCAAUGGAAUGACACACAUAUUCGACUCAACAAUGGCACAUGGUGUUCAUGUAUCCCUGAUGCACGUAAUCGAAGUUCAUGCAGAUCCAAAUGUGAUGAUCCCAAUGUAGACAUCCAGGUGAAUGAAUGUCAGGAGAGGAAUCUAACGAUUCCCACGAUCUUAAAGGACCAAGGCUGGUUAUGGACGCACCUCAAUGGAACGGUCGUCAAGGGAUUUCAUAACUAUUGGACUACAUGGAACCAAACUAAUAACUACGCUGUCUGUAAAUAUAAAAAUGACUCUCGCAUAUGGAGAUGCAGUUAUGAAGAGCGAGGGUACCGGAUACGUACAGGACCCCUUGGGGCAGAGGACAGUUAUUAUAUCCCCUAUAAAAAGAAAUCCCCGAUCUUGUAUAAUAGCACUAGGCCUGCGUUAAAAGGACAUUAUUGGAUUUGCGGGAGUAAGGCGUAUGCCAUUCUCCUGUUAAAUUGGACCGGCACCUGUUAUGUUGGAGUCAUACAACCCCUCUAUACCAUAAAAGGAGGUAGUUUUAAUCCUCUAAUUCCAGUGUUCGAUGAGGAGCGAACCGAUAAGAGAAAACGCUCCAUAAAUGUUAACUUAGCAAGAGGACAGGACAAUGGAUGGAGGGAUGAAUGGCCACCUGAACGCAUCAUCGCCACAUAUGAUCCAGCCUCCUGGGCACAGGAUAGUAUGUAUGGAUACAGGACUCCUAUUUAUUUAUUGAAUAGGUUGAUCCGGUUACAAGCUGUGGUAGAAAUUCUCACUAAUCAGACGGCAAAUUCCUUAAUUCUGCUUGCUGAUCAAUCAACUCAAAUGAGAGAGGGGAUACUCCAAAACCGGUUAGCUCUGGACUACUUAUUGGCAAAAGAGGGAGGAGUCUGUGGGCUCCUCAACCUAACGGAAUGUUGUCUCAAAAUAGAUGACAAUGGUGAGAUUGUAAAAGAUGUGGCAAAUAGGAUGAAGAAGCUUGCACACGUACCGGUACAAACCUGGAAAGGGCUCGAUCUUGGGGAUUGGAAUUCAUGGUUCAACUGGUUCGGAGGAAUGAAGACUAUGGUUAUACUAGUUAUGCUAAUUUUAGUAGGAUGUAUGCUUUUACCCUGUCUGUUACCAAUAAUCAUGAAUGGCAUUCGUAGUAUAGCGGACAAUGCAGCAACAAGUAGUAUGCAACUGUAUGGAAAAAUAAUGUAUCAAAGGGUAUAUAAAGAAGAUCCAUGGGAGACAAAAGGAGAGAAGAAGGAAGAGCCCAUUUAGUAUAAUUUAAAAUGGGCUCUUGAGGGGGGAAUUGUAGAAAAUAAUAAACAAGAAAUAAUGCUUAUUUGGCUUUUGUAGAAUUUGCUUGGCUUAAGGAAAAUAAAGACAAUACCGGUGACUUAGUGAACAUUCCAUAGGCACGUACUUUGCUGUUUACAUAAGCUGGCCUGGCUAUCUCUUUGUUUGUGUAAACUACCUUGGCUUGCAAAACCGGUUUUGCAAGUGCUUCAAAUGGCACCGAGUGAAGAGACAAUGCCUGUCUCAGGAAUGUGGCCAAGAGCCAAAAAGACCUUAUAUGGAAAAGAUCGGGAAUAAGG